GUGGCGUCUUUACAAUCGGCAUCAUCGUUGUCGUUCUGAGGACACAGCUGUUAGUCGUGUGUGCACUGUGCACACGUUAGUGCACGUGGUCGUGUUCUGUGAACUAUCACGCGAAUGCAUGGAUUAUAUAGUCAUUAAAUCAUGCAUCGCGAUGUAGAUCUGUGGAAAAUCGAUCCCGUUGGAAGGAAAAUUGAUCGGAGGAAAACCAUGAAAAAUAACAUGGAGGACCUUGAACAAUCUGUAAAUUCAAGAAUUAUUCAAUCGUGCGGGAAAGUCUGUCAGGAACACAACGAAGAAAAUUGCCCAAGCGAGAAUGAACGCGAGUUUGAAUCGCUGGAAUACGAGGAAGAUGCAUAUUACUCAAAGCUGACAACGACGCCGAGCUUUGAUGACAUCGACGAACUGGGCGACGAGGAAGUGGAUGAGCUAGUGGUUCACUGCUGGCGCGAUUCUAACGGUGAGAUAGACGAGAUUGUUGUGGACGACGGCAACCUCUCUGUCGAGACGGAGUUUCUGCAGGAAGAGUUACAUGACGGCCGCAAGAAAAAGAAGAAGCGAACGAUCCGAGUGAUCUUCCAAGACUUCUCCAAACCUUACCUCGCUAAGAUCAGCAAUAGCCAGAACUACAAGAAAUUCCUCGAGUUGAUAAAAGGAGAAGAUGCCUCGCUCCACUCGGCCGGGUCUCUGUCGCCAUCAUCGGAUACCAUGGCGAACGAGCUUCAAGGACUCUCCUUAGAGGAGCAAGAACAGCAAAAGGCUGAAUGGAGCGCUCAAUUAGCAAAGGUUGAAGAAGAAAUACAGACUCUGAGACACGUUCUCGCCAAUAAGAUUAAAGUCUCGCAGGAUUUGAAAAGGAAGCUUGGCAUUAGUGUCUGGAAGGAGCUCACUGAUGAUGUUAAUCAGGGACUCAAGAACGUUAAGGAAAGUCACGUUUAUCAGAACGUCGGCGAGACAUUCGGUCGCUUAACCAGGACAAUCUCCGCGAACAGUUUAUACCAAAAGACAGAAUCUGUACUCAAGUCCACAGCUGAGAAAACGACGAGUAUUUUAGGUGGCUUUGGUAGUGGCAUUACUAUGAAACUGGGCCAGAUGCGUAAUUCCGACAGUUUCCGGUCGCUGGAGGAAAGAGUUGGAUCUGCCUGCGAGAAUAUCAAGACGAAAGUCGUGCCUUCAAGGUCCGGCUCGACGCAGAGCUUCGAUGAAGCACUCCGAGAGUCCGAGGCAAUGAGACGCGCGUCCGCAGCUCCGUCAGCUACCAGCCCGACCAUUCCUGAGGAUAAAAUGCUCUCUUAGAGCUCGAAAUCCGCGCAUUUCCUCCGCGCGAUACAAAAUGCUGAUACCGCGCUAUAUUAUUACUGCGUUCGUCUAUUGCAAUUGCUUUAGCGGGCCAAAUGGCGUAUUUGUGCACGUCGGAUUCGAUUUCAGUCAUUCGAUACUUCGCUCAAUCGAGACUUCGGCCGCGAGCACAAUCGUCCAAGUACUAUCCUAUUCUUUAUUCAAUAAAAAAAUAUAUUUUUCUUGCACGCCAUUUCCACGCCUUUCUCCUCGCAGGAUCGCCUUUCUUCGAGCCACUAUCAGGACAUCCUUUACGCAAAGUGUCCCCCAUGUGAUUUUUAUAUUUGAUACUAAAAAACGGCUACUCAAGACGAUCUGUGUGUUUUCCAAUGAAAUGCCUUUUGGAAUUUUUUUUUUAUAAUUGUGAUUUGUAGGUAUAAUAAAAUAUACUUGGGCUCGAGAGCUGCUUAUUUAUGUGUGCCGCGAGAGGAACUUAAUUUUGCAAUAGAAAAUUAAUAAUAAAAAGAAAUUAUGACACGGUUCUAUUAUAAUUUUCAUUGCACAA